GAGAAUCUGAACUUCUAAAAUUUCUUAUUUCAUUUUUAUCAAUAAAUCACGUUUCAUAAGGUUACGUUGGAGCCCACUGCUUCACAGAGGGGUAUACCAAAAUGCUGUUUGCUGGAUGUCGACUGCUGGCUUUAGGCAAACCAAUACAAACUUUACAGCAUUUCACUCCAGUUUUCAGAAGCCUUUCAGCCACAGUGAAAUCGAAACCUAAACUAUUGCUCCAAAACCUGAGACAAUUCGCCACCAAGAACAAACUUCCGUUUGAAGUUGACUCAAAUGUAUCAAGAGAUGUGUUAUUAUUCACAUUCAGAAAUGACAAACAUUUCAAAAUGAUGACAGUAUUUGGAGUUGUGAACUUUGUAGUGUGGACAUAUAUUGGUAUUUUUGCGUUUAGAAUGUUGAAGGAUGCCCCUGUGACUCCCCCGAAGAAAGGAGAAUCGCUGCCAUGGUACCAACGAAUCAACCUUGGCAGUAACACUUAUAGAAAUGGCAUUACUUUGAUCUGUUUUGCUAUGGGCUACCUUAUUCUCACAUAUACCAUGUUAGUCCCAAUGAGAACUGUACAGACACUAGCUCUCCUUAAGGGAGGUAAAAAAGUGGGUCUACGAACCUAUGGACCAUUUGCGAAGACAUUCUCAUUUGUUAUACCAAUAGAGCACAUAAGUGCCAUGCAAGCAAGAACAAGUGCUGGAAGGAUUGUUUCUUUGAAAGUUAAAAAUCGAUGGUUUUUCUUUAUGAUGGACAAGAAAGGACAGUUUCACAAUACACAACUGUUUGAUUAUGUAGUUGGGUUACGGCGGUUUUGAGGCACAUCUGAUACAGUGACUAUAGAUAAUUAUUUUCUUGUCAACCUGACAGGAUUUCGCCACUUGGUAAAUUAUUGCAAAUGUUAACAAAGUGUAAUUCAAAAGUGUAAUCCAAUUGCUAAUCUAUAUUUCCAGAUACAGGUCUAUCAUACUGUUAGUGUAAUAGAAGAUGUGACUUACAAAUAAAUAAAUAGAACUCAAAUGAAUACUUGUUCCUUGUAGUCUGCGUAUUAUACUUUUAUCAAGCAGAGGGCACUGAUCAACAAUAAUACAUCAGAAUUAGUCAAAGUGACAUUGGUGUCUAGUUUCAAAUGUAAGAAUACUUCUGACAAUGCUCGUUUCCUAUUGCUCUGAUGGAUGUUAUCUUUUUCAGCUCCAAGGUC